AUGUGCUGCUUACUCAUCAGAUCCUUUCAACUCCUCUACCUUCUUUUAUUCCUCCUCAAUUUUCAAGCGUAUCUUUCAUCUUGUUCUUCUUCAAUAACACAACUGUGUUCUCCUGAAGUAGCUGCUGCAUUGAUCCAAUUCAAGACCUCUUUUUCCAUCAUUAAAGACUCAUCUUGGAAAUGCGAUGAAUCUUAUCCUAAGACAAAUUCAUGGAAGGAGGGUUCAGAUUGCUGCUCAUGGGAUGGGGUCGCUUGUGAUAGCAUCAAAGGUCAAGUGAUUGGCCUUGACUUGAGUUGCAGUCAGCUAUAUGGCAGCAUCCCUUCCAAUAGCAGUCUCUUCCAUCUUCCACACUUGCAGAAGGUCAACCUAGCCUUCAACGAUUUUCAGUUUUCCAAGAUGUCGUCUAAGUUUCGUCGGUUUGCAAGUCUAGUGUAUCUCAACCUCUCAAAUACAUACUUAGCAGGUCAAGUCCCAUCCCAAAUCUCCCACUUGUCGAAAUUGGUUUCACUUGAUCUCUCUGGGAAUUAUUAUCAACCACUUGACAGACAUACUUUGGAAGGACUUGUUCAGAACCUAACAGAGGUGAGACACCUUUUUCUUAAUGAUAUCAAUAUGUCUUCUGUUCAUCCUAAUGCCUUGAUGAAUCUAUCCUCAUCUUUAAGGACUUUUAAUCUCAACUAUUGUGAUUUGCGAGGAAAAUUCCCAAAAAACAUUUUUCAUCUGCCAAACCUCAAGUCACUCUAUUUAGCAGACAACAUAAACCUCACUCUCUAUAUUCCAAAGUUGAACCGGAGCAGCAAUCUUGAAAUUUUAGAUCUAUCAUUUGUGUCCUCUUCUAUGGAAUUGAUGGAUUCGAUUGGGAAUCUAGUUUCCUUGAAGCAUUUGGUUCUCUACGGGGCCAACUUAAUGGGAUCAAUUCCGAGACCAUUGUGGAAUCUAGUUUCCUUGGAAUAUUUAAAUCUUGGUAAUUCUAACUUAUCAGGAUCUAUUCCGAGAUCAUUGAGGAACUUCACCCAACUCUGUUAUUUAGACUUGUCAGGGAAUUAUUUUAGUGGACAAAUUCCAUCCUCACUUACAAACCUAAGACAGCUAGAAUUCUUAUCCAUUUCUCAUAACCAAUUAGAGGGUUCCAUUCCUGAUGCCCUUCCUAAUCUAAUCUCUCUGCAUUUAUCUUUUAAUUUACUCAAUGGAACACUUCCUUCAUGGUUGUAUACAGUUUGCACAAUGAAGCAAAUAUAUCUCAACGAUAACAAGCUCAGUGGUGAUAUCAAGGAAUUCCAAUGCAAAUCACUAGAAAAGAUCUCUUUAGGGAAUAAUAAACUCAAAGGUCCUCUUCCAUCUUCAAUAUUCCAACUUGUGAAUCUUUCUACAGCUGACUUUUCACAUCUAAGUGGUAUUGUACAUAUUAACAUGUUCUCAAAACUCCAAAAUCUCCAAUACCUUGAUCUUUCAUAUAACAAUCUAUCGUUAAACUCUAAUGGUACUAGUGUUGAUUAUGUAUUUCCAAAUCUUAGGUAUUUGCUCUUGUCUUCUUGCAAUGUCAAUGAAUUGUCCCGAUUUUUAAAAGGUUCAAAAAGUUUGCAAUAUUUAGACCUUUCCAACAAUAAAAUUUAUGGCAAGAUUCCUAAGUGGAUGUGGGAUGUGGGGAAGGACUAUGCUGCACUUGAAUUUAUCUCACAACUCUUUUACAGAUUUUGA